CUUUAGGUGAGAUUUUAAGCAGAAAUAGAACCUGAAAAUGGAAAGUGAGUGAGAUUACAGCACCGUAACCUAGUUGACUACAAAAGGGGAAACUGCUCAGAUUAGAACCUGACUGGAGAUAAGCUCUCCCAGAGGUUAAGUGCAUGCAAUAAGUAUCUCCAUGCCUCCUAUUGGCCCAGGCUGAUCUUAGCUGUGAAUGGGCCAAUCUAGAAAACUCAAACCCCCAUAUUUCUCCUCCCAUCUGCAGACCAGUUUUACACCCUGUGGCUCAAGGGGAUGAUUUUCAAGUCACAUCAGCCUGAAUGACAGUGAUUCAGGGCAUCAUUUGUAGCAGGACAGUACUUUUUAUAGCCUACCGAGCCUUUGUGGGUAACGGCUCUUCUAAGGUAGACACUGUUCUAACAUUAGCGUUAAAGGAGCAGUGUGGUUAUACUACCAGCUCUUAAUUGCUAUAACAAACCAGUUUGAUUUGUCAUUCAGCUCUUAUCGACAGGAAACCACUAACAGCAGUCAACUGAUGUCACCAAUUAAAAUUAGGGUUUCUCUUUCUACCUGCUUUAAGGAUUAAAACUUAUCAAGACACUGUUUAUGUUCUUAAGUGUGCACCCUGAGAGGGAUUUUUUAACUCUUAUGGACAGCUAGGAUCAAGUGGGACAUGAUUUAAUCGGAACAUAGGACCCACCAGGAUGGGGUUGCUCGGGAGCAAAAAUCAGUUGAUGUCCAAUGAAAAACAUGCCUCUGGAAGCAACCCCAAAAGCAAGAGUAAAUCUUCUGCGCCACCCAAGGGCAGACAAAUUAUCAGCAUCCCCCAUCUAAACCAAGCCUCUGUACAAGAUAACCUGAUUGUGAUCGCACUGUAUGAUUUUCCUGCCUCAAGUGAUCGUGACCUGCAGCUGGUCAAGGGGGAGAAACUCCAAGUCCUCUCCAAUGAAGGGGACUGGUGGCUGGCAAAAUCCCUCAGCAGCGGCAGGAAAGGCUACAUCCCCAGUAACUUUGUCGCGCAAGUGGACAGCUUAGAAGAGGAAAAGUGGUAUUUUAAAGCUCUGAGCAGAAAAGAUGCUGAACGGCUGCUGUUGUCUUCUGGUAACAAAGUUGGCUCUUUCCUUGUCCGAGAGAGUGAAACCAGUAAAGGUGCCUAUUCCUUGUCUGUGAGAGACAGCGACUCUGCUCAUGGGGACAUCAUCAAACACUACAGGAUCCGCUCCCUAGAUGGUGGGGGGUAUUAUAUCUCCCCCAGGAUGACUUUCUCCAGCCUACCAGAGCUAAUCCAUCAUUACAGCCAGAAAGGGGAUGGCCUGUGCCAGCGCCUCACAACUGCCUGCAUAUCCCUGGUUCCCCAGAGACCCUGGGCACAGGAUGAAUGGGAGAUCCCACGGGAAUCUCUGAAGCUUGUGAAGAAACUUGGCAGUGGGCAGUUUGGGGAAGUAUGGAUGGGCUAUUACAAGAACAACAUCAAGGUGGCUGUGAAGACCAUGAAGGAGGGCAGCAUGGAUCCUGACGCCUUCUUGGCAGAGGCAAACUUGAUGAAGAGGCUCCAGCAUAACAAACUGGUCCGGCUAUAUGCGGUAGUCACAAAGCAGCCAAUUUACAUUGUGACAGAGUACAUGGCCAAUGGGUGUUUGCUGGAUUACUUGAAGACAGAAGAAGGAAGCCAACUGAACCUCCCCAAACUCAUUGAUAUGUCUGCUCAGGUGGCAGAGGGAAUGGCGUACAUCGAACGCAUGAACUCCAUCCACCGUGACUUGAGAGCUGCCAACAUCCUUGUCUCAGAGACACUUUGCUGCAAAAUUGCUGAUUUUGGCCUCGCCAGGAUCAUCGAGAACGAAUACUUGGCACAAGAAGGUGCAAAAUUCCCGAUCAAAUGGACGGCACCAGAAGCCAUUAACUUUGGAGUUUUCACCAUCAAAUCUGACGUGUGGUCCUUUGGGAUCCUCCUGACAGAAAUCAUAACCUACGGCAGGAUCCCGUACCCAGGGAUGACCAACCCCGAGGUGAUUCGCAACCUGGAACGGGGCUACCGCAUGCCCUGCCCGGACAUGUGCCCCGGGGAGCUCUACAACAUCAUCCUGAAAUGCUGGCGAAACAAGCCUGAGGAGCGCCCGACCUUCGAGUACCUGCAGUCGGUCCUUGAGGACUUUUAUACCUCCACAGAGCAGCAAUACGAAGCAGAGCCUCAGCAGUAACCCACCGUCUUGCCAGCACCCGGAGGAAAACCAACACCCUCCGAUGGCUCAGUUCAGGCCUUUCCCUUUCUCCUGUGUGCCACCACAAUGCAUUUGGAGAUAGGGAAUGAGGAGGGACACAAAGAAGGUGGAUGCUGCCAGCUCUGUGCUUAUCACAGGGACAAAGGAGGUGGCUAAGAGAUGGUGCAGCUCCUUCUUCAUCCGCCUUGGAGGCCUGUACCCACUUUGCAGAAACUGCUUCUGUCACAGAGGGGAGCAAACUCCUUUGUGACACACCUGGAUACAGAAAAGACCCUCAGCCCUGCAACUGCAGCCCUGGGAAGAGGGGAACAUGGUCGGGGUGGUGGUCCGGGGGGUGCACAAUCUCCCCCCUCCUCCUGAUGCCACUGGUGGCAAUACUACAGCCUGUUUCAUACCAUGGGCAGGGGUGGGAUCGUGUCCUGUCUGCACCUCCUUGGGCCACACCAGGUCCUCAAGCUGUGGCGCAAUCUCUCCAGGUGGUGCCACCCCUCUGCCCUAAGUCAAUAAUAAACAACUGGAUACGACCAUUUCCCAUUUCUUCAUUCAGGCUGCAGGGUGCUCCCCGUGCCCAUCCCAGCCCAUGGAUAAGAAGGGGAGAGGCCAUGGGGCUCCACUGGCAGCGCGGGAGGAUGCUGGGGUGGUACCGUGGGGCGGGAACGGGGGAUGCCCGGGUGCGUGGCCCUGGAGCCCGGAGGUAGGAGAGAUGUUCGUGGUGUGGCCACGAGAUGUCCCUCCUUCCCCAUAAAUCCGGGUGGCGGCUGCACCAACUGCUGCGGGGGGACGCAAAAUACACGUAUUAAAAUAACUUCGAAACAGAAAAACACCCUCCUUGGUUGGCCGAGCUCUUCACUGCACAGGCUCCUGAUGCAUCAUGCCAGCCCCAUGCCGGGUCCUGCUCCACACCCGGCACCAGGAGGGUUCAAAUGCCACUUUCCCGGUUUCUGGUGCAUCUCUGACCCACAUCUCCAGUGGGAAUGCCUACAUCAGGAUGCAGGGUGGUCUCCAGUCAGCAGCUGCACUGGUCUGUGGAGGGGAGGAUGAAGAAAGAAGGUACAGAUGGCACACUUGAAGGGGUGUUAGGACCACAGGAGUGAGCAUCAGGCUGGGAUCCAGGUGGACUAUCAUUCAGGUCAUGGCGCUGAGCAGCAUCUCCCCAGGAUGCUUCGUGUGCUGAUUUUUACCCCAUAAACCAGGUUUUGAGUCCUUCUGUAAAGGGUGUUUUCCACAGUGUGACAAGGAUGCUAUGAGAAAGAAACAGUAGAGAUGACCUGUGUGCCAGAAAAAAUACCUGACCAUCACGAACACAUGACACAGAGUCCCCUGUGCACACCAGUGCUGCCUAGGAAGAAAAAGGAGUGAGAAUCAUAGAGACACACAAUGGUUUGGGUUGGAAGGGACCUUGCAGCUCAUCCAGUUCCAACCCCCUGCCACGGGCAGGGACACCUUCCAUUAGAGCAGGUUGCUCCAAACCUCAUCAACCUGGGCUUGGGAAGAUUCAUAACAAAUCUGUAAAGACAACUGGGCUAUUGGCAGCUAUAUUCAGUCCAAGGACUUGAUCUUCAGUCUGUAAUGCCCCUGUCUGUCACCUUUGAUGAGACAAAAUCCCCCACCAUGAUGCCAGCAUUACUUCUCAAGUGUUCCAGAUGGGAAAAUGUACU